CGCAAACAACCGCGGGCGCGUAUAAAUGAAGCGUCUUGCGCUCGUGAGGAACCACAGACGAACUCGACUGUUCUCGGGAAUACAUCCUCUCUCAGUGGAGCAGCCAAAGAAUACCGCAAGACCUGAUAAUGCUGCACGCUGCCAUGAUCUCAGCCGCAUUGCUCAUUCUUUCGAGCUGCGUUAGAGCGGCAUCCGCCGGAUCCGUGGUGCUGAACUCGAAUGCAAUUAAGGUCGGUCCAGGUGUGGCGAGUUCAAGCCACCCGGUGAGCCCGAGCCCGGAUGAGAUACCUGCGGACCCCGGCAGUCAGAACUUCGGUAUUGAUGCACCACAGCAGCCCUUAAUCUGCGAAAGUGAUGAGGAAUGUGGCGAUGAAGAGUUCUGCUUUCUGUCCCGGGGCGUCUGUCUCCAGUGCAAGAAGCGCAGGAAGCGCUGCAUCCGGGAUGAGAUGUGCUGCCCUGGCAACCACUGCAGCAACGGAGUUUGCCUUCCAAAUGAUCCUGACAUGAUCCAGCAGAUUGGAAUGGAAGAGUUUGUGUCCAUCACCCAUGAGAACUCCACUGUCAUGGAGCAGCCAAAAGUUACAACUCAAGGCUUACCACAAAACCAAAUCCUAAAAGGUCUGGAGGGAGAAAACUGUCUGAGAUCAUCAGAUUGUGCGGAGGGACUUUGUUGCGCCCGUCAUUUUUGGUCCAAAAUCUGCAAGCCCGUCCUGAAAGAAGGCCAGGUCUGCACCAAGCACAAGCGGAAAGGCACCCAUGGCUUGGAGAUAUUCCAGCGUUGUGAUUGUGGGGAAGGCUUGUCCUGCAGAACGCAACGAGGAGACGGCGUCAAGUCCUCACGGAGUCUGCACACUUGCCAGAGACACUAAAUGAACAUUGAGGAUUUUUUUUGUUUUUUUUUUGAUUUUUUUUUCUUCCCAGAAACUCGACUGAGGGAAGCUGGAUUUGGGAUACUCUGUUUUUCAACUGGUUUCUUCCAUUUUCUUGUGUCAACAUUGCAGAGUAGAUAUAAUUUGUUUCUCAACGGAACUUAAAUAUUGCAGUAAAUUACUGUAUUAUACUGUAAAUAACAUAAGGCAGUUGGCACUUAAUUCAGAUAUUUUGGUUAACCCUGUUUUGAAAGAAGGUGCCUCGGUCUUUUGCUAGUCUAUCUUAAAUGUGUAUACAUCUGGUUUUUACAGUCAUAUAGAGCUGAUUUAAAUGUCUAUUUUUAUUCUAA